CUCAACUCAGUCUUGAGAGAAAUGUCAUAAGCCAAGAAGUGUUGUUAAAUUACCAUAUAAACAAUAGUGCUCGAUACAAAUGAGUGAUAGAGUAAAACAAGUUUAAAGAUGUCAAGAAAGUUACUGAAAUUUCUCAUUUUAUUUGAUAACACGUCGCUGUUAUAUUUUCCUGGACAAUUUUUAUCAGGCCGAGUUCUUAUCGAACUUCAGGAUGAUACACCUGCACUUGGUCUCCAUUUUCAUGUCGUUGGAGAAGGGAUAGUUCGAGUCAAAACUUCUCGUCAAGAGAGGGUGCAUGAUCGAGAAAACUAUAUCGAUUUUAGAAUGAGAUUAUUAGGAGAACCAGGGCAAGGUGCCUCGGUCUUGUCUCCAGGUAUCCACAGUUUUCCAUUUAAAUUGGGUUUGCCAUUGGGCCUCCCAUCCACUUUUUUAGGUAAACACGGAUGGGUACAAUACUAUUGUAAAUCUGCCCUUAGAGAGCCUAAUGGACUGACACAUAAAAACCAACAAGUUUUUAUUGUUAUGAACCCGAUAGAUUUAAAUUUGGAACCUUCCAUAUUAGGAAACGUUUCGGAUCAGGAAACAUUCAGAUGUGAAGUCGAACACAAAUUUGGAGUCAGCUGUGUUGGAUCUGGGGUGGUAUUAUGUAAAGUUACCUUAGAUAGAGGAGGAUAUGUACCAGGUGAAAGUAUAGGAAUAUCUGGAAGUGUGUACAACAGAAGUAGAGUUACAAUAAAAACUACAAAAGCAUGUUUGAUAGAAACCAUAACAUAUAUGGCCAGGGGUAAAGUUGUACAAUCAGAAAAGAGAGAACUAGCAUCACUUUCACGAGGAAAAAUCCGUCCUGGCGAAAAAGAUGAAUGGAUAAAUGAGCAUUUGUACAUUCCACCAUUACCUCCAACUAAUCUGAGAGGAUGCCAUCUCAUUAAAAUUAAUUAUGAUGUUUAUUUUAUUGUACAACCCAAGAGUCUACAGAAAGAAGUGAAACUUCAGUUACCAAUUAUGAUGGCGACUUAUCCACUUCGCUCUGACGAUGAAGAAGGUGGAUACAAAUCAGGAACUCACUAUCCUUCUACUCUUCCUAUAUUCAGGCCAUGGCUAGAGGAUAAACCUGCGCAAAUAUAAAUAUGCAAUUAAAUAUAUGUAUGCACACAUUAUUAGUACUUGGGCCUUAUACUCACCUCUUAAGAACCAUUUUUCCCAAUUACUUGAACUAUAUCAAGAAAAACCAAGAUUUAUUUUAAUAUUGAUGUUGAAAAUAAUAUUGAACGAUUUUCACUAGGACAAUCUUGAAAAAAUGCCUUAAAUAUAAAAUUGUAUUAAGGCCAUUUCAUCUAACAAAGAAUGCCAUAUAAUUAGUAUAACUUUUAUAUUGUAAAUAACUUUAAUUUAAUUUAAACUACUAUUUUUUUGGAAUAAUAAAUAUAUAAUAAAUUA